AUGAAAUGUAUGGGUUGUGGAAAGAAGGGCACAAUCUAAAAAAAGACAUUAACUUCCAUUUGCUUUUCUUUGUGUUUGGGGUGAGUGCCAAAACACAAAUAAUCAAGUGUUUAUCUCUAGGAAUCUGACGGUUCUAGAAGUGAACUUCCUAAUUCAGUGAUUCUAGGCCAUCUUAGGUUGCUGCCGCGCUCUUAGCUAGGGUGGCCCUCCCCCAUUAGCUCCACGUAGUUUCCAGGGCUGACAAGUGAUUCGCAGUUUGGGCAAUUCAAGCUAGGAACAACUUUCACUUAUCCAAGUUCUCACAGGCACAAAACGUUAAGGGAGGACUUGGUUUGGUUUUUCUUUAUCACUCAAAAAGGUAAUUUAGAGACCUUUAACCACGGAAUCGGGGUCCCUGAGCUCUAUCAAAAUGGCAUGUGUGACAACUUGUGGAAGCGACUGAUCUCACACCGGAAGCAGUGUGACGGCAUGGAAAUUUUAGUUCAUAACCGUUCAUAGGGUAAACUUCAAAUUUGCGUUGCGACCUCCUUAUGGUUAGGUGGGUACAGGGAGGGCGGGACCACUUCAGUUUCUAUCCCAGCCCCCCUCGGGUCUGGGCUUUAUAAAAGGUUGUGAGCCCGGCGUCCCCUGCAGUUGCUGAGGAUCUCGCAUACCUCCAACCUCCGCUGCGAGUGAGCUGCCAACCGCCACACCAGAGACACGACAGCAGCUAAGUGACUGGUGGGCUGAGAUGGGUGUCAGUUGAGCAGGUUUAAGUAAAAUGAGGACCACACCUAACCUCGGACUGACUGCUCCGUCAGCCUUGGGACAGGUACUUAGCCUGUUUUCCCUUGUCCCUCCAAGAUAAAGCUACAGUACUGGGACGUUUAUUUUUUGGUACUGGGGAUCGAACUUGGGUCCUAGCGCCUGCGCAGCAGGCGGCGAAACCACUGAGCUAAAUCCCCGGCCCCAUGUUUAACAUUUUUUAAAAAGGGAGACCUGCAAUGGCAUAGAUGGGGAAUGGUGUGGGGGGUAAAGAUACCGGUGGGGGCGUGAGUGGAGCGUUCAGGGGGUGGUUCUCGGCAGCGCCUUGAGGCCGGUGUAGGGGAUGGGGGCUUAGGUGUGUAUUGGUGUGGAGACGAGCAGAAAAAACCUGCUGAUGAGGUGGGGUGGAAGUAGGGAUAAAUGGGGGAGGAGUGAGAGUGGUCGAGGCCUGACCCCCAGAGGACCCGCUAGCAAGUUGAGGUGGAAGUUACAGUGAGCAAAGGUUUUGCUGGGGUGUGGGGAUGCUGAUGUGUUGAAGGCUGAGUAGCGGUAUGUGGGAGGUGAGAGUUGGGGGUAGGGGAGAAGCUGGACAGAGCUUGAGGGCGCUGGGAGCGAGACCUGUGGAGGUUGGGCUGUGGGCCAGCGGUGGGGGAAGGGUGGUGGAUUGAGGCCUGAUUGAUGGAAGCCUGAACACUUCCACAUCACUCUUCGCAUCUCACCCCAUGGCUGGCCGGCCACAGGAGGGCAGCAGAAGUAAGCACGGGUGGAAGGGUGGGAGGGAAUAGGUGGAGGUUGGAUUGAAGAGGUACUGGAACGGCAGUGAAGGGACGGCCUAGAAAGACUGGAUGACUGGAUUAGAGUCCGGAAUAAGGACGUGUAGUAGUGAGGCGGGGGGAGGGGUGGGUGAAGGAGUUGACGCCCGAUAGGCGGUGGAAAAUUUCUUUGGGGAAGAUCGGCUGGGGAUGUGGGAAUUGGAAUCGCUUUGGGAGUGAGGGGACUGAAUAGAGGUUAGGAAAUUAUUAGCUUUACUGAGAGGAAAAUUUUUUAUCUAACGUGGGUUAACGAAUGUCUUUGCUGCCUCCCUAAGGCGUAGCAUAUGAAAUAACUUUAGGGGCCACUGUUUGCUUUGGACUUUUCUGAUUAAUCUGCAAAGAACCCUGGUGAGGCAGGUUGGGGUAGGUGAUAGGCUUUGUUUCUCUAGGGCUGGGGUGUGUGUGUGUGUGUGUGUGUGUGUGUGUGUGUGUGUGUGUGUGUGUGUGUGUGUUUGUGGUAUUUGGGAUCAAACUCAGGACCUUGCGCUUGUGAGGCAGGUGGCAGCACCACUGAGCUAAAUCACUGGCCCUCUCUAGGGGUGUUUUUUGAGGAGGGGUUUUUAGAGCCUUUUGGGGGGCCGGGUACCAGGGCUCUAACUCUCGGGACCUUGCGCUUGUGUGGCAGGUGUGGGUACCACUGAGCUAAAUCCCCGGCCCUGAUGAGGGGUUUUAUUUGUUAUGAACUUCUGGGCUCAAGCAAUUCUCUUGCCACAGCCUCUUUAAUAUUGGGACUGUAGGCGAGCACCAUCGCCAGGGCUUCUCUAGUUUUUUCACCCAGAGGAAGCCUCUAAUAAAACAAAUUUAAAAUGCUUCUCAUGCCACAGGUUGUGGUGCAUUCCUGUAAUUGCAGUACACUGGGAAGCUGAGGCAGGAGGAUAGCAAAUUCGAGCCCAUCCUGGGCAAUUUAAGAAGACCCUGUCUCAAAAUUAAGAAAUAAAAAAGGUUGGGAAUGUAGCUCUGUGAAGAUGUUGGUUCAAUUGCCAGUUUGGGGGAGGGGGCAAAAAAAAGCCUCUCAUUUCAGAGUAAAGCUUCAGCUUUAAAUUAGGGUAAAGAAACUGCCCAAAGAUAAAUGCAGAAUAUAGAAAUGUCUCAUUGGUUCUCAGUUAAUGAUUUUCUUAUGUAUAUCUUUGUCUUGACUACAGAAAUGGACAAGUCCAAAGAAAAGCUUUACCAAGCUGGCCCAUCAUAUACUCAGGAUAAGGACUGCCCUGUGGUGAUUGAUUCUGAGUCUAAUGAUGAACAUAUUCAUAAGAAAAAGAAAGUUAAGAUGUACAAAAUAAGCAGUGAAGAUGAGAUUUUGGAAGUGAUUUCUGACACUGAGGAGGAGCAGCUCCCCACCAGCACCCCAAAGUCUCCAGGAGUAAUUACUAUUAUUGAUGAUGAUGGCAACAAUAACAAAUUGGAAAUUCCUGUGCUAAAAGAAGGGGGUUCCCAUGAUCACAGCCAAAUUUAUUCAGAUAAAAAAGAAGUGGAUGAGUGUGUUGUCUCCCAGCACAAUUCACCUGAUAAUGUUCAUAAGAAGCAGGAUCUUGGUGAAAAUGUCAAUCAACCACCAACUGAUCCUUAGGCUAACCUAGAAAUUACUGAUCCACAGUUGCCAACUACUGAAGAAGUCAUAUUUGUGGCGGAGCAACUGAGGAAAAGGAACCGUAAAACCAACAAUACAUGUGUGACUACCUGGCCUUCCCAUUCUGAAUUGUCAGGGUUCAAAUUAACUAUUAUUCUUUCAGCUGAUAGUGAACCAAAAAAGCAUGCGUCUUCAGAGAAGAAAUCCAGUGCAGCAAAAGUUGAAAAGUGCGAGACUGGGAGAGCUGUGUGCCAAAUACCUGGAUGCUUCUUGCUUGACAUAGAAAAAUCAAAACAGUAUUCUGGAAAAGAAUUCAAGAAAAAUAAGGAUGAACUGGUUCAGAAAAUCUAUACACUGUUUAACACCACUGUCUUUGAUCAAAAGCUACUGGAGAAAAUAGACAUCACCUGGAAUAAAAAGAUGCUGAGAAGUACUGGCUUCUGCACCACUAGUGAGAGACAGUACCCAAAGAGGGAGCGCUAUGCCAAGAUUGAGAUUUCUCUGAAAGUCUGUGACUCUGCAGACUGACUCCGAGAUACCUUGAUCCAUGAAAUAUGCCAUACAGCCUCCUGGCUGAUUGAUGGUAUUGGAGAUUCUCGUGGUGAUACAUGGAAGUAUUAUGCCAGCAAAUCCAACAAGGUACAUCCAGAGCUGCCCCCGGUCACUCAUUGCCAUAACUAUACAAUUAACUACACGAUUCAUUAUGAAUGUAAUCAGUGCAAAACCAGGAUUGGCCGCUACACCAGAUCGUUGAAAACUGAACGCUUUAUCUGUGUUGUAUGCAAGAGGCCUCUGGUCUUGCUGCCAUUAACUCGGAAAGAUGGAACCCCCAUCCAGCCCUAUGUGAGACCAUUUGGCAAAUAUGUGCAAGAGAAUUAUAGAAAGGUAUUACAGGAGACAGCAGGGAUCAGCCAUGGGGAUGUGAUGAAAAGGCUCAGCAAGGAUUAUACUGCCAGUAAACAAAAGAAAAAUCCUUAAGGUCAUUUUAGAAUAUAUUUCUGUUAGCUGAGUCCUUUACUGACAAGAAGUUGUGGAAACGUUUCUGUAAAGUUAUUAAUAUUAUAGUUUAAAUAUAUAUUUUUAGAUUCAUUUUAUAAUGAUAAUUAUUUUUAAACAAAGGUUUUAUUGUACCCUUGUGAAUACUCUGAAGGGCUUUUGAUCCACCUUGGGUCUUAGUUUUACUGCAUAGUUUUAACAUAUAGAACAAAACAGGAAAAAAAAAAUGAGUUUUCAAGAGUGGCAAGUUGAGAGAAUGAAGAUAAUGCUGAAAUGGGGCCAGGGAUUUAGCUCAGUGGUGCUGCUGCCUGCCUCACAAGCACAAGGUCCUGAGUUCGACCCCUGGUACCAAAACAAACAAACAAACAAACAAAAAUAACUUGUGAAAAGAGAGUAAGUUUUAAAGACAGCACUUCAAAGCCAGGGCUGUUGCAUUAUGUAACUUGUUCUACCUGCCUACAUAUAACACAAACAUGUUUCAGGAAUUCAGUUGCUGAUGACAUUGAGUGAAACUGAGCCAUGUACUUGUUCAGAAAAAUAAAUAAAUAAAAUGUUGGUCUUUGUAUCUCA